AUGUCGCAGUCAUUCGCCUCGUUCAAGGUACAGUCUCACCUGAGAGUGUGUAUGAAGUGUGUGUCUGUCCCUCUAGGUACGGUGUCACCUGAGAGGGUGUGUAGUUAUCAGGAUGUUCUGGACCACCUGAACCUGACCAGAGGAAACGAUGUGUUCACCUCCACGCGGCCCGUGCUCGACCACACACACCCAACCAUGGUGCACUUGGAUGUCUACCUAUACGCUAUCCUCGCCGUGACCUGGAAUAAUGAGCGGAUCUGGUGGGAUCCUAGUCAAUUCUGUGGAAUAUCCAGGGUCUCCGUUCCCAAAGAGAUGUUGUGGAUACCAGACCUCACAAUCUACGAGAUGACAGAGAAGGAUGAUGGCCCUCACAGCCCAUACCUGUAUGUGUCCCAUGAUGGGAUCGUCUUAAUAGAGGAUGAAAUGAAGGUGGUCAGCACCUGUAAGAUGGACGUCCACAAGUUUCCAUUUGACACACAGAGAUGUAACAUCACAUUCAGCUCCGCCAUACACAUCGUGACAGAUAUACAGCUCAUUCCUUUCUCUAACUCGUCCCGGGUCACCCAGGCUUCUCGUGAAGUCAUGCAGACGCAGGGAGAGUGGGAGUUCCUGGACAUGACUGUCUCCAGGGGCAAACUAAUCUUAGAUCGCGAGUGGGACCAGAUCUCAUACACUAUCACCAUGGCGAGGAGGCCCCUCCUCCACGUCAUCAAUUUCCUGCUUCCCAUCCUGUUCUUCCUGUGUCUGGACCUGGCCUCCUUCCUGAUCUCAGACCAGCGGGGGGAGAAACUGGGCUUUAAGGUCACCGUGCUGCUGGCCAUCUCUGUUUUGCUGCUCAUCCUCAAUGACAUACUGCCCUCCAUGUCAAACAGGACCCCUCUCAUAGCGACCUACUGUAUAGUGAUCUUUGCCUUCAUGUUGCUAAGCCUGUUGGAGACCAUCUUAGUGACUCACCUGAUGGAGAGAGACUCUGUACACCAAGAGACAGGUAUAGACCACGCCCCCGCAUAUGACUGUGACCCAGAAGAGGUCAUCUGUAGCGAGCAAGGAGAGUCUCACCUGUUGCUGUUGAUUCUGGGGGAACUACGGGCGGUUGAGCGGACAUUAGCGCUGUUCGCCAGUGGCAGGAGGGAGGGGAAACCUGGGUAUUGGACCAGAGUGGCACGGCGCCUCAAUGCCGCCUUCUUCACCAUCUACCUCAUCUCUGUCAUGCUCUUCAUAAGCCUUAUGUGUAAGGAGUGGUUAAAUUAG